CUCCUCCUCCUCUUCCUCCUGCUUCUACUCCUCCUCCUUUUCCACAUCCCUUCUUCGGAGAGGAGGAGGAGGAGCGAAGGCCCUUUUCGAACAGCCCGAGAACAGUUGUGCAGUUUGGCCACAGCCUCCGCCGCCAACUUCCCUUGCCGUGCGCUCUGGGAUGCGCAGACAAAGCCUGUGAGACUCCUCUCUGUGGGCCUCUUCCUCUUCGGCCACAACUUCUCCUUCUUGGUCCUUUGCUUUGGAUGCCCACAAGGAUCCCGGUCAACUCGUUCAGAUCCAUCUGGGAUUUGGAUUAUGUCCCGAAUCGAGUCCUUAACCAGGUCCAGGACCGGCUCCAAGGAGAACGUGCUCAAGAACAAAGAAAAAGAAAGGAUGAAGGAGGGCAAGGAUAAAGAUGCCCGCUAUACCAACGGGCACCUCUUCACCUCCAUCACUGUCUCCGGCAUGACCAUGUGCUUCGCCUGCAAUAAAAGCAUCACCGCCAAGGAGGCCUUGAUUUGUCCCACUUGCAAUGUCACCAUUCACAACCGCUGCAAAGACACCCUCCCCAACUGCACCAAAGUCAAGCAGAAGCAGCAGAAGGCCGCCUUCCUCAAGAACAAUUCCGCCCUUCAGACGGUCUCCUUGCGGAGCAAACCGUCCAACCGGGAGCGCCCCAAUUCGGCCAUCUAUCCCUCGGAGAGUUUCCGCCAGACCCUGCUGGGAUCCCGCCGGGGCCGGCCCACUUUGUCUCUCUCCAAAAGCGUUUCCACCACAAACAUUGCAGGGAACUUCAACGAUGAGGCUCCGCUGGGCCUCCGAAGGAUCCUGUCCCAAUCCACCGAUUCCCUAAAUAUACGCAAUCGGACUCUCUCUGUCGAGUCGCUCAUCGAUGAAGGAGCUGAAGUCAUCUAUAACCAGCUGAUGAGCGACUUCGAGAUGGACGAGAAGGAUUUCGAAGCCGAUUCCUGGAGUCUGGCCGUCGACAAUACCUUCCUGCAGCAGCACAAGAAGGAAGUGAUGAAGCGCCAAGACGUCAUUUACGAGUUGAUCCAGACGGAGCUGCACCACGUCCAGACCCUGAAGAUCAUGGCCAACCUCUUCCGCAAGGGGAUGCUGGAGGACCUCCAGAUGGACGCAGCCGUGGUGCAGAGCAUGUUCCCCAGCCUGGACGAGCUCAACGAGAUCCACGACCGGUUCCUCGUCCAGCUUCUGGAGCGCCGCAAAGAAUCGCUCGCCGCGGACAGCAACAAGAACUUCGUCAUCAACCGGUUGGGAGACAUCCUGGUCCAGCAGUUUUCUGGCUCCAAUGCCGAGCAAAUGAAGAAGGCCUACUCGGAGUUUUGCAGCCGCCACACCAAAGCCGUCAAAGUUUACAAAGAGCUCCUCGCCCGGGACAAGCGGUUCCAGCAGUUUAUCCGGAGGCUGACGCGGUUAUCGGUGCUGCGGAGGCACGGCAUGCAGGAAUGCAUCCUCCUGGUCACACAACGCCUCACCAAAUACCCCGGGCUUGUGGACCGGAUCCUGCAGAACUCCAAAGGGAACGAAGCUGACCAGCAUGAUCUGAGCACGGCGCUGACGCUGGUGAAGGACCUCAUCAAGGACAUCGACCAAGAGGUCCAUGACUACGAGAAGAGCACGCGGCUGCAGGAGAUCUAUGCGCGAGUGGACGGGCGCGCCAAGGCUUCCUUGCCCUGGGAACACGGCUUCUUUGGGAAGGACGAAAUGCUGCGGCGCAAGCUGGUCCAUGACGGGUGCAUGCUCUGGAAGACGGCCACCGGGCGCUUCAAAGAUGUCCUGGUGGUCUUGAUGACGGAUGCUCUCAUCUUCCUCCAGGAGAAGGACCAAAAGUACACUUUCCCAACUUUGGACAAGCCAGCAGUCAUCUCCAUCCAAAACCUGAUCGUCCGAGACAUUGCCAACCAAGAGAAGGGCAUGUUCCUCAUCAGCAACACGCCUCCAGAGAUGUACGAGGUCCACACGGCCUCCCGUGACGACCGCAACACUUGGAUGAGGCAAAUCCAGCAGGCCGUCAAGCUUUGCCCCGACCGAGUGGAUUUCCCGCUCAUCGAGUCGGAAAAUGACGCUUCCCUGCGGAAACUGAAAGACAAGAUCCAACAGCACGACCGGGAAAUCGCAGAGCUCCUGGAGCAGAAAGUGGGCUUCUUUGCCGAACUCGUGGCUCUCCAGAGCGGCAGCGAGGAGGGACCCGCAUCCGGCGCAAACCCUCGCUCCCUUUUCCGCACGGAAUCGUCGGAUGCACCUCACGGCGAAAAGCUCAUCCAGGAGGCGGUCAAGGAAGUGGAACUUCUCAAAGACUUCUUUUUGGGACCCAACUGGGACCGAGACCAAAACCACGCUCCCAAUGGCUGCCCCAAUAACGCCGCAAAUGGGGAAACCGGGAACGUCAACGGCUCACUUGAAUUCCCGAGGGCUGAGUCCGAGUCCAACCCGCGGGAUGGGAACGGAAACCAGCUGAAUCAGAAAGGACCUCAAGAGGAAGUGUUGCAGCGGCUCCGAACUCUCUAUUCUCUUUUGCACGGACUUCAGGGUGUCGUAGCCCACCAGGAUACCCUUUUAGAAAUGCAGUGCCAAGAGGCCAGCGAACGGCGCGAACGGCUGAACCGGACCAACUCUCGCAAGGAGGGCUCUUCAUCCGCUUCCUCGCAAGCCACGGACCUUUCGCUGCUGCAGAAGCAGCACACCCUCCUGCAGGAGGAGCUGAGCCGGUGCCGGCAGCUGUGCCAAGAGAAGACCCAAGAAGUGGCGGCGUUGGAGGCCCGGCUGCGGGAGAGUGAGGCGGAGAGGCUUCGGCAAGAGCGGGAGGCCGAAGAGGCGCGGCAGAAAUUGGCCUCCCUCCGGCAACCCCUUGAGGCGAUGGCAUGGUUUUGGAAGGGCGGCGAGCCCCGGAGGCGUAGUCUGCCCGCUGGCGAUGCUCUGUACCAAAGCUUCACCCCACCGCCGGCCCGAUCCGGCGAUGUCCUCUCCCCUGGUUGCCACUCUGUGCAUCGGACCUUUGCCGCCUGCCAGCGCGAUGAAGCGGCGUACCACGGGGUGCCCCUCCGGCUGCAGGAGGGCGACCCGGAGCUGGGGGCGGUUUCGGAGGAAGAGGGCCUGAUCCACCCCCAGUCACCCCCUCCCAGCCCACGAGGUGGGUCACAAUGCCUCUCCCUUUGUGUGUGUUCAGUGCUCAUCUGACACAAUAUGGGAAUU